AUGCACAAAAUGAGCCGUCAUCCUCCAAGGGAUCGUCAUCCUCCAAAGGAUCGUCAUCAUCUGGUGAACAAAAUAGAUUUUCAUCAUCGGGUGGACAAAAUGGAUCUUCAUCCUCCAAUAAAGAAAUACAUGGGUUGGCUGAGCAAAGUUGUUAAAAGUUCGGUAAAUAAAGUUAUAAGAGGACAAUACGACGGGAACUUUAGUGAAGGCUAUUCAACCCAGCACGCUACGUCACAUGGUACACAUGCCAGUGACAAUGAAGACAUAGAUCGUGCUAUUGCAUUAUCCUUAUCAGAGGAAGGUCAAAGGAAGGGAAAGGCCAUUGAUACUGAUGAUCAUUUAGAAGAAGAUGAAGAGCUUGCACGGGCUCUGCAAGAAAGUUUGAAAGAUAAGCAUCCUCUUCGUCAGAAAAUUCCGGUGGGGGGAGUUCACUCAGAUAGUACUCCAGCAACUAGCCUACUGCCAGAUAUCUUGCCAUCAAGUAGAUCGAGGGUUUGUGCUGGAUGUAAAACUCCACUUGGACAUGGACAGUUUCUCAGUUGUAUGGAUUCUGUUUGGCACCCUCGGUGCUUCAGGUGCUCAGCUUGCAGUGAGCCAAUAUCAGACUCUGAGUUUGCAGUACAUGAAGAUCAUCCAUACCACAGUACCUGCUACAAGGAGAAUUUUCAUCCAAAAUGUGAUGUUUGCAAGAACUUUAUUCGAACAAAUAAAAAUGGUUUAAUUGAAUACCGGGCCCAUCCUUUCUGGAUGCAGAAGUAUUGUCCUUCGCAUGACAAUGACGGUACUCCUAGGUGUUGCAGUUGUGAACGAAUGGAGCCAAAGGAUAUCAAGUACAUAACAUUAGAUGAUGGCCGGAAGCUCUGCUUGGAGUGUCUAUAUACUUCAAUAAUGGACACAGACGAGUGCCAACCAGUAUACAUUGAUAUCCAGGAAUUCUAUGAGGGUUUGAACAUGAAAGUAGAGCAACAGAUCCCCUUGCUUUUGGUUGAACGUCAAGGUUUAAAUGAAGCCAGGGAAGUAGAGAAAAUGGGGCAUCACCUUCCUGAAACCAGGGGUCUCUGCCUAUCGGAAGAGCAAAUUGUCAGAAUGAUAUCGAGACGACCAAUAAUUGGACCAGGAAGCAAAAUGAUAGACAUUUCUACAGCACCAUACAAACUAGUUCGGCGGUGUGAAGUGACUGCAAUUCUUGUACUAUAUGCUUUGCCAAGACUGCUCACAGGCUAUAUUCUAGCUCAUGAGAUGAUGCAUGCAUACCUUCGACUUAAAGGAUACCGAAUCCGUAAUCCAGAGGUUGAAGAAGGCAUCUGUCAGGUCCUAGCUCAUCUCUGGCUUGAGUCUGAAAUCGUGUCAGGUUCAAGCAGUAGCAUUGCAACCACAUCUGAAGCAGCAGCUGUAGCAGCAGAAGCAGCAGUAGCAGCAGAAGCAACAGCGACACCUUCUUCAACAUCUUCCUCGGCGAAAAAGGGUGAAAAGACUGACUUUGAGAAAAAACUUGGAGAAUUCUUCAAGCACCAGAUCGAAACAGAUCCCUCUGCAAUAUAUGGAGAUGGGUUUCGAGCUGGCAUUCGAGCAGUUGAACGAUAUGGCUUGAGAGGUACCCUUGAUCAUAUCAAGCGUCAGGUUCUUUUCCAAGUUGAGGUAGGGUUUUGCAUCUUCAGUUUGUGA